GAAAUAGUGACCUAUUCUUGCUUACAGAAAUGAAAUUGUAAACAAAUAAAUCUCAAUACAUAAUAUAUUCAAAAUGAGUAAAACAUUCGGUAAAAACAAAUUAAAUUUAAAGCUCCCUCCCGGUGCUAUUGAAGUAAGUAACAGUGAACCUCCUGGAUCAGUCGAUCCCAAUAAUGAUAAGUCUAUGUUAGACACUAGUCUUGAAGCUCUUCAGAAAAGUCUUGAGGGCUUGGAACUUGACGAACAGCAAAGGAAAAGGCUAGAAGCAUUUUUAACUCAAAAACAAAAAGUGGGAGAGUUGAUUAAUGAAGACCUAGAGAACCUUGGUGAGCUUGGUGCUGGAAAUGGUGGUGUGGUCACAAAAAAUCUCCACAAACCUAGUGGCUUGAUUAUGGCUCGUAAGUUGAUUCAUUUAGAAGUGAAACCUGCUAUCAGAAAUCAAAUAAUCAGGGAAUUGAAAGUCCUUCAUGAAUGUAAUUCGCCUCAUAUUGUUGGAUUUUAUGGAGCUUUUUAUAGUGAUGGAGAAAUCAAUAUAUGUAUGGAAUAUAUGGACGGUGGAUCUUUAGACCUGGUAUUGAAAAAAGCUGGCCGCAUUCCUGAGCCUAUUUUAGGAAAAGUUACUAUUGCAGUUUUAAAAGGGCUCAACUACCUACGGGAAAAGCAUCAAAUCAUGCACAGAGAUGUUAAACCAUCAAACAUCCUUGUAAAUUCUAGAGGUGAGAUAAAAAUAUGUGACUUUGGAGUCAGUGGACAACUUAUUGAUUCCAUGGCGAAUUCAUUUGUUGGCACUAGGUCUUACAUGUCGCCGGAAAGAUUACAAGGAACCCAUUACACAGUCCAAUCUGAUAUCUGGAGUCUUGGCCUUUCUCUUGUUGAGAUGGCAAUAGGAAGAUAUCCUAUUCCUCCACCAGAUCCAAAAGAAUUAGCUGCAAUUUUUGGUCCUAAAUAUUCAGCAAGUGCAGACCAAAAUGAGUCUCCUUCACCAAGCUCCAAAAGCAGACCAAGUAGUUUUUAUCUUCCAUAUGGUGAUGGUCCUCGUAUUAUGUCAAUAUUUGAACUUCUAGAUUACAUUGUAAAUGAGCCUCCACCUUCUGUGCCAGCAAGUGUAUUUUCAUUAGAGUUUAAAGACCUUGUGGAUAGAUGCUUGAAGAAAAAUCCAGCAGAGAGAGCUGAUUUGAAAUUUUUAACACAAACCCAUGCAUUUGUGAAAAGAUCUGAGGCUGAGGAAGUUGACUUUGCUGGUUGGGUUUGUCAGACCAUGGGUCUCGACUCAUCUACUCCCACAAAAAUAUCACCAGAUGGUUAAAAACAUUAUUCUAACCUUUCUAAGCAUUUAAUUUUGUGACACAUACUUCUUGAUGGCUUUGGUGUCGACCU